GCGAGGAGUGUGGCUGAGCUGUGCUGCGGGCUGUCCAAAGCGCUAUUUUUACCCUGGGCGCCUGAUAAUUUUGGCAGGGGAGCCACGGGCCCGCAGAGGACCAGUCUGGGUUGUGGUGAGCGCCGAAUGGGCGGGCUUGAGGUUGUGUGUGUCGGGGCGGGCGUGUAGGCGUGAGGAGUGUACUCAAUAGUGGUGACCACCUCGGGUAGUGGUGAUUCCGGGCCAGUGGUCAGUUGGGGCAGUGUUGGGGUCAUACUUGGUGCCCCGGCGGCAGUGUGUUUGGCCUCGUGGGCGUGUUAUAUUAAGGUCGCAAGUGAGGGUGGCGCCGGCCAGCCCUGCUGUGUGGUGACGACUCAGGAGUGGUGAGAUCUGCGGUGCCUCGGCCCGGACGCUGCCCAUGAUUCCGGUCACAAUAUAAUGAGGGAGUGGGCAUCACCACCGCCCGCACAUUCGCAGGACCCUGGACCUAGGUGGCGAUGUGGGCGGGCGAACGUGGGCGUACAGUGCAACGAUGGUGAGCUGGCGGCCCGCCCGUGAGGAGGGCUAGGCACCCACUCACCCCCGCCCACCGAGGCUUAUAUCUGAUUCUUCGUGAAAGGCUCCGCAAAACGCCAAGAUGGUGGUAUCCGAAGGGGCAAUCAACAACAUUAUGGGCGGGAUGGAGAACACGGCCGGGGUGCGCCUCCAUUCCCACCGCCACAAACUCAAACAGCGGUUCGACAUAAUUCGCAAACUGGGCCAGGGCACUUACGGCAAAGUGCAGCUCGCGGUCAACAAGGAGACAGGGCAGGAGGUUGCCAUCAAGACCAUCAAGAAAGCCAAGAUCGAGACCGAACAGGACCUCAUACGAAUCCGGAGGGAGAUCCAGAUUAUGUCAUCCGUACAGCAUCCACAGAUCAUCCAUAUAUACGAAGUGUUUGAAAACCGCGAGAAGAUGGUGCUGGUGAUGGAAUACGCAGCGGGAGGAGAACUUUACGACUACCUGAGCGAGCGGAAGGUCCUGUCGGAGGAUGAGGCGCGGAGGGUGUUCCGCCACGUCGCUUCGGCCACGUACUAUUGCCAUAAGCAUAAAAUUUGUCAUCGUGAUCUCAAGUUAGAAAAUAUUCUUCUCGAUCUUGAAGGGAAUGCGAAGAUUGCUGACUUUGGUCUAUCAAACGUCUUUGAUGAGAAGCAUCGAUUGGAUACAUUUUGUGGCUCGCCGUUGUAUGCCUCGCCAGAGAUCGUAAAGGGCAUCCCGUAUACUGGCCCUGAAGUUGAUUGUUGGUCAUUGGGAGUUUUACUGUACACAUUGGUUUAUGGUGCAAUGCCCUUCGAUGGCUCCAACUUCAAACGUCUGGUAAAACAGAUCACACAAGGAGAUUAUUAUGAGCCAAAGAAACCUUCAAGCGCAUCCGACCUCAUCAGAAGCAUGCUCACAGUCUCAGCCAGCAAACGAGCAAGCAUAGAGGACAUCUGCAGCCACUGGUGGGUUAACGAAGGCUACCUCGAGUCGUGCCUUGAUGUUGCUGAAGCCCUUGCUAACCAGACCCCUGUGCGCCUGGACUUGCUGCUGUCCCUGGCCCCCAAGCACAUCAACUCAGAACACAUGCUGAUCCAACCCGAGGAAGAAGACAGUGCCAGAUCCCCGCCUACCUCAGAAGCAACGCGUCCACCUCCCCAGCUUCAGUUACCUCCUCCUCCUCCACCUGACCCAACUCCUGUAGCAGCAACCCGCUCAGCUUCUCUCGGUGCUGUUACCUCCAUAAAUCGCAAUGAGAUUGAAGCUCUGUUGGCAAAGAAAAUACAGGAGAAGAAAGAAGAAGAGAGAAAGAGGAAAGCUGACGAAUCUGGUACUAUAGACAAGAAAAAGAAAAGAGAAUCAGGUGUUGAAGGGACUCCUAAAUCUAGUCGCAAAGAGCGGAAAACAGAUGUCAAUUCACAUGAAGGGGGAAGUGGUCGCAAACCUCCGGCUGGGCCGGAUGGUGACACAAGUGAGCGGAAAAAGAGUGUUAAGAAGCGAGACCCGGCUAUAGAGGGUGACACGUCUGAAAAAAGUGAACGUUCAGAGCGUAAGAAAAGUGUUAAGAAGCGUGAACCUAUUGUUGAUGGUGAUGCUAGUGAUUUAAGUGAGAAGUCUGAAAGAAGAAAGAGUGUGAAGAAGCGGGAAACUUCGGCUGAAAAAGAUACUAGUGAGAGUGACAGGUUAGAAAGAAAGAAGAGUGUUAAAAAAAGAGAACCAUCAGUAACUAGAGAAUCCAGUGAUGAUAAAUCAGAAAAAAGAAAAACUGUGAAAAAGAAAGAGCCUUUAAAAGAAAAGAGUUCUAGCAAGACAGGUAGUGAAAGUGUAACAGAACCCUCAGCUGUGAUAAAUGGGGAGAAGCAUGAAGCGGGUAAAUCAAAGGACACACAGAUAGAGUCUCUAGAGGACCAAUCAUCGAGUCUGAGUUUAAAGCCACCACUGCCUAAGGACCAAGUAACAGAGAAGGGGAAGCCCUCUGCCAAAGAUGUAGCAUUGCCGAAAAGUAGCAGUAGAGGUGAAAAGGAGGACAUGGUUACAGAGCAACCAGAACCCAUGGAAGUAGAGUCAGCUACUCCUACACUGUCUGUGAGUGCCCCAGGCCCCACAAAGACAUCAGGGAGUGCAAAGUCAAUUGGAUCUGUCGCCUCAAAUGAGGGCACCCUGAAGGCAUCAGACUCCUCAUUAUCUAGAGAAUCUGUUAGUCCAAUGAAGUGUGAUGCAGCGUUGGCUCCCAUACCUCAGGAAACACCUAAGAAAUCGAAAUCUCCAUCUCCAAGCCAGACUCCAAAGGUGAGGAAGGUGAAGUCAAAGUCCAUAGUCAAAACAUCGUCUAAAAAUUCAGUCGAAGGCCAGCCAUCGGAAACAAUGGCUGUCAAUGGUGAAAGUAUUAGGGUUGCCCCAUCUCCUAUUCCCAAAGUAGAUGAGACUGAAAAAGUUUUGCAAGAAACGGCUGAUAAGAUUAAGCUUUCUGAGGAAUCACACAUUCCUAUAAUAGUGAAGACAGGGGAUGGGGAAACUCAGGUCAUAGAGACGGGAAAUGAUGUCGCCACAACCAAGGAAGGUGAGUCGGUCAGUGAGCCUCGGCGGAAGGAAAGUGAAUCAGCUACAGAGUCGGUUUCAAGUAAAGAUGCUAGCCAAUGCUCAUCCAUGUUGUCAACCCCGGCUCGGAGUCGAGCUGGUUCUGAGUCAUCCACGGAGGCUCGACCAUCCCGUACAGACCCUGCCAAACGUCAGUCCAAAAUAUUUAAGGCGGCUGCUAUGUGGGAGAACCAGGGAACGCAGCCUCCGCCACCUCUCGAGAAACCAAAGAAAGCAGUACGAGCUGGUGGGAAAGUUAUGACUGACCUUGCCAAGAAGUUUGAGGAAAAACCAACCAUUGACCGGAAGAGUAAAGUGGUACCAUUAUUUAAGGUGUCUGAUGCAAGGAAAGCCUUUGAGCAAAAGCCAGCAGAUAAGCCAAGUGUCAUCCUGAGGAAAAAGCCUGUAACAGAAUCUUUGCCGUCAUCACCAACAAACAAAGACACUCCUACAUUGGCCACAACGCAGUCUGGACCAAUUGUAUCAGAAGAGGGAGUCAAAGGUCUGAAGCCUUCCACAGAGAGUACAACAGCAGUGGAUCUGAAGAAAGAGAAAACUCCGGUCAAGGAAACAACCUCCAAAGCAGACACAGAAAAGGAGAAAUCACCCAGGGUGGUUGCUAAAGAGCUGCUAAACUAAAGAAAAUUGCA